AGCGUUCUUCGCUCAGAUGCUGUGACGUGAAGAAGUCCGGACCUGAAGCUGGUUUAAAUGCCUCGGCCACACAGUGAACAGCAGGACAGGCUCUGAACUGCUGCUGACUGAUGAGAGGAAGACCUACUGAAUCAUGGAGUUUCAUCUCACUGCUUCUCGCUUUACUUUCAUUGUAAUAACACUGUAAUAUGGGACAUUGUUGUACCUCUGAUGUGUUUCCUGUUUUUUAGAUCUGGAAAAGCCCAAAUAGUCUGUCUCUAACCUGACAAGUGAAAGGGUUUGUGUUUUUGUUUGUUUUCCUGCCAUCCUGCUGUAGUAAAUCUGCUGGCUGCAGCAGUGACAGGCUGACAUAUAACAGCUAACAGCAGAUGCCAGUGACUUCUCCCUGCUCUGAGCUUUGAUGAGCAAGCUCCUCUUUGGCUCGGUGUUUAAGUAAUUAUCUGAUUAUUUUUGCUGAGCUCUGCCAGUGGCUGUGCUGCGUUUCCACGCUUUAUUGAGAUGAGCCGGAUUCAGGCGUGCAAGCUUAGCAGAUUGUGCUCCAGCUCUGCAGGACGAGGUCCCAGAGGAUUCAACGACACGGUUCAUUUCUGAAGUGGUGGUCGUCUGGUUGCUGCUUCAUGAAGAGAAGAGAUGCUGACGAUGCUGCUUCUGGGAUGGACUGCAUUACUUUCAGGCCUCCCACAUGCAGCUUCCUCUUUAACGUCCCGGUUUCCAGUGAGUAGAGGCAGCAGAUGGCCGGCUCGGAAAUGUGAAGUCUUCAUCCUGCCUCCUCUUCCUCCUCCUAUGUUUCCUCCAAUCAAACACAAAGCAGAGCUGAUGGUCGACAUGACAGAACACGUCACAGGACCCACAGGAGAAAAGGGCUGCAGAGGGCUGCGAGGAGCAAAGGGUAAACCUGGUGUGACGGGUCCAAAAGGAGAGCCAGGACCACAAGGUCCUCUGGGAAAACCAGGCCAGAAGGGGGAGAAAGGUGAGAGAGGCUGGAGGGGUCUGUACGGAGACAUCGGGACUCCUGGGAUGAUAAAGGGCAGUAAAGGUCAUCCAGGACUCAGGGGUGAUAAGGGUCUCAAAGGACACAGAGGCCCCACAGGAGAGAAGGGCAAGCGUGGCAUCCCUGGGACGGCCGGAGAGCAGGGACACCCGGGUCAGAAGGGGGACAGAGGUCUGAUGGGGGAGGUGGGAACAAGAGGAGAGCCAGGAGCCAGAGGAAAGAUGUUGUGUGCAGGGCUUGAAAGGUUCUAUUGGACUGGCUGGGGAACAGGGACACCCCGGUGCAGCAGGACUGCCUGGUUUACAUGGAGAGCCUGGUCUACCUGGACAAGUGUACAUCCUGCCAGGCCUGCAGGGAGACUCCGGCAGCAGAGGACCCUCAGCCCCCUGCAGCUGCCCACAGGGUCAAAGUUCACAGAGACCAUUGGACAACGUCCUGACGGUGUUUGUCGCAGACGGAGAGAAAGAGAUGAGGCGGCUGCGGGGGGAGAACGUGAUGGUGCUGCGGACGGACAGAAGAUCUCUCUACAUCUACACAGAUUCCCAGUGGAUGAACGUCCUGGAGGGCCGCAGACUGCACUCUGACACCUAACUGGGUGAUCCUUCCAAGCUGACUGGUGGAUUAUCAGAUCAAUUCCUUCUCCCUCUCAUGCAACAUUUUACUGGUUUCAAAGAUUCACCGAGUCCAGAUUAAGAAUCUCUGCAUGUCUGGUAUUUUUUCAUUGAUGACGAUUUCUUUUUUUUUUUUAAGAAUUGUUUUUCAAAUUCAGAUUUUCCUCAUGCAAACACUUGUCUAUCAUAAAUGUGAAGCUCUGUCAUAAGCAACCACAGACGUUAACACAAAAACACAAAUAAAGCUCCCAUCACUUUUGCAAUGUCAGAAAAUG